AUGAUAAGUAAAAUCCAACGAGAUAUUACAUCAUUUUAUUUCGUUAUUUUAUUUAUUUUUUUCUUAACAAAUCAACCUGUUUCAACUAAUAAUAUCGUUGAUUUAAUUCAUUCAAUAAGAAAUAAAAAUACAGAUGAUAAUCGAUCGACAGAUAAUUUAGUAUCGGAAUUUCGUGAUAUUAUAACAACUAUUCAAGAACAUUUAUACAAUACAAGUAUUCCAGUUUGUCUUCCUGGUUUUCGAUCUUAUGGUGGGUCAUGUUAUUUUCUAUCUCCAUUAAAAUCAACAUGGUUAACAGCAUCAAAUCUAUGUGGAAUAAAACGUAAUUCAUCUUUAGUUUCAUUUGAAACAAAUGAUGAAUUAGAAUUUG